AUGACAACCGUCAAAGUUGAAACCUACUCUUCAGCGGCCACGACGACAGCCAGGACGGCAAGGAGGACCAAGAUGCAGACCUUCAUUUUGGCACUGUGUGAGUGCGGACAGAUUCCGGCCACAAGUCAACGCACCGCCACAUUUAUAGGAUUAGGAGAACUAAGGGGGAGGGGGUGUGUGUAGGCCGGAAGUUGAAGAGUGCACCCUGACUAAUGGACUAUUCGGUGCAGAAUCCAAUUAAUGGUGCACCCCUGCCAUUAACACAUACAGAUAUAUAAGUGGUUGCGAACACGACCAAAUUCGAAGUCGUCGCCUGCCUCCACCUAUAAAAAUGCGCAUGAUCAUUCUUACGCUUCUGGCUGUCGCCGUGGUUGCCAUGGCACAGGAGUAAGUCCUGUCACCAUCUAACCACUCACUCUUUCUCCUUUAGGGAGGUAAGUCGUCACUGCAGCUGCUGAAUUACAUGCCCACGAACAGUCCUUGUGCCUAAGAGUUCUCGUAGCAAUCAAGCUGUUUGAUUGGUCAGGUCAGAUGCAGAGAUUGUCAGCACCAGGCAUCUCAGUGACUACCAGAUUAUCUAAACAGCAGACAUCUUAAACGUCAAAGACACCUGUCAUUGGCGUCUGACCCUAGAUACUACCAUGCCAGUGCAUAUAAGCAUGAAGCAAGCAAAGCUGAGACAGGUGAUUGGACGGCACUUCAGAUGCGUGAACUUGUAUUCCUAGCUUCCUUGUUCUUGGCAUUUCAAGUAAUAGGUUUAUAUGUAGUUGUGUUGUGCUCAUCGUCAGGUAAUUGGUCGGCAGUAGUCAUUUGGUAUAAGUGACUGUCUGCUGGUGAGUGAGGUUUUAGGUUGUUUUCAAUGCCCAACGCUAAGCACACACUAAUGCAGAGAUCUCGUUGAUACACCAGACCAACCCCAUCCGCGCCCUGCGUGCUCGUCGAGUGGCCGUGAUUGCCGCACUUGAAGACUACUUCGACAACAACCCCCUCGGACAGAAGAUCGCUAAGCACAUCAUGAAGACCAAGGAAAUCAUCCGUGAAAGUAUGUCAUUCUGAUUAUACUUCCAAAUUAUCCAAUUAAUUUUAGUUCGCCAGCGACUGCGCAAACGUCUCGCUGACUACAUUAACAACAUCAAGGCUGAAUAA